AUGCAGCCCCCUCUUGUCAUGAGAAUACUUGCUGCCUCUGUAUCUUUAGCCGAUAAGGCCUGUUUUUUGAUUCGUGCGGUAUAUGAUUCCAAAGACUUGGCCAUUAUCGACAAAGGAGUUGACGAUUUGCAAUCCAGAGCUGAUCGAGAUUCUCAGCGGUGCAUAGUACAAUCCUUGAACGAGACCUUCCCGGGUCUUCAUGUUAUUGGCGAAGAAGGUGAUCUGGAUCCUGGAAAUCUAUCUACGUCCACUGAGUUAAACUCAACUGUUCUUGAACACCACUGUCCUCCAGAACUAAAAGAUUUGUCACUGGAGGAUAUUGUAGUUUGGGUGGAUCCACUGGAUGGUACAAAGGAAUUUACUGAAGGCCUUGUUGAGUUUGUUACAGUUCUUAUCGGAAUUUCGAUUGCUGGAAAGCCUGUGGGUGGUGUUAUCGCUCAACCCUUUUACAAAACCAAUACAACUGAGCCGCACUACACGACUCGAAUCGUUUGGGGACUUGUAGGUCUGGGUGUGUUUGGCAUAAAUCCUCUGGUACCUUCUUCAAAAUUGCCAUAUCCAGUCAACCAAAAUGCCCAAAAACUUACUUCACCUCAUAUUAUUGUGGUUACUCGAUCCCAUCGCUCUACUACUCAAGAUUUUGUCGACGGAGCAUUCUAUCCCACUGAAGUUCUUCGUGUAGGAGGGUGUGGUUAUAAAGUUCUAGUGCUUCUGGAAGGACGUGCUCAUGUUUAUGUGUUCCCUAGCCAAGGUACUAAAAAGUGGGAUACAUGUGCUCCAGAAGCUGUGCUUCUGGCAUCUGGUGGGAUACUAACAGAUUUAACUGGACAGUCUUACAAAUACGAUCUGAAUGCUAAACAUGAUAAUCUUCGAGGCAUACUUGCUACUCCUGUCGCCGAUUGGUUGCCAUCGUAUGUUUCUUGUUUGCCAAAAGAAGUGCUUGACGAUUUCUCAGCUCGUGAUUAG